CUCUCUCACCCCUCACCUUCAAGUGGACAGACAUCUCUGAAUGUUAACGUUGGCAGCUGUGCAUUGGGAAAUACCUGAAGACUGAGGGAUGGAGCCUGGGGACGGUGGAGUUUGGAGAAUGGAGAGAUUUCACCAUAGAACACCCUCCAAAGCAGCCAUUUUCUCUGGGGGCACUGAUCUUGGUCAUCUGGAAAUUAUUUGGUAUAGUAGCAGAUCUGCAGGUGUCACAAGGAGCUUCAGACGAUGCAAAUAGAAACUAUUUCAUUCCCACCCAUUGUACAGAGCUGAAGGCAUCAUACAUGCCUCUUCUUUAUUUUAUUUUCAUAAGAACCCUAUGUAUUCUCUAAUGUGUGAAGGCAGGGUUUAAGAUUACAUGUCUUAUUCACAGUGCUGAUAAACAUAUUUUAUUAUGUUCUUGAAGUCUUCAGUGUGAAUGUUGUUCUUUUUUAACAGAUCCUCCCCAAAAGGGCACCAUGUCUAUCUCCUGGCUGUAUUUGUUACUUGCUUGUCUCUGCGUCAUUGCCAGCUGUCAUCAUGUGCCCGGACAUGAGGGUGGCCACGAUGGGCAUGAACAUCCAGAGGAUGACCAACACCCAGCUGAAAGUCACCAGGAGAGCGGCCAUUUGCCCUGUCUCAAGAUAGCCCCAAGCAGUGCUGAGUUUGCCUUUAAUUUCUAUCGCCAGAUAGCUUCCCAGGCUUCUGGCAAAAACAUUUUAUUUUCUCCAGUGAGCAUUUCCACCGCCUUUAUGCUUGUGACCCUGGGAGCUAAAGGGACCACACUAGAUCAAAUUGUUUCAGGAAUUGGGUUUAACCAUUCUGUGAUCAGCAAGAAGGAGAUAAAUGAUGGUUUUCACCAUCUCCUACAAUUGCUGAACCGCCCCGAUGCUCAUAUUGACCUGAGCGUUGGGAAUGCCCUUUUCUCAACUGACAAAUUCCCAGUGCGACAGGAGAUUGUGGAUGACGCUCGUAAUUUGUUCCAAGCAGAUAUUAUGCCUGCUAAUUUCCAGAACAGUGAAGAUGCUGUGAACCAGAUCAACAGCUACAUAGAGAAGAAAACCCAUGGGAAAUUAGUGGACUUUCUCAAGGGUCUUGACCAAGACACUAAAAUGGUUCUUGUAAACUAUAUCUUCAUGAAAGGUUAUUGGGAAAAGCCUUUUAUUCCCGAGUUUACUUGGAAGAGGGACUUCUUCGUCAAUAACAAAACGACAGUGCAAGUGGAUAUGAUGGAAAGAACCGGCUAUUAUUCUAGCUAUCAUGAUAAAGAGCUGGGCUGCGAGGUAGUGCGGAUACCUUACCAAGGCAGUGCUUCGGCACUCUUCAUUCUGCCUGAGGAAGGAAAACUGAACCAGGUGGAACAGGCCCUGGGGCGAGAAACUUUGUUAAAAUGGGAGACUUCUGCAGAAGAAUGGUUCUUAGACCUGUCACUUCCAAAGGUUUCACUGAGGACAAGUGUGGAUGUCAAAGAAAUAUUUCAAGGAUUGGGUGUCACUGAGGUAUUCACAGACUACGCAAAUCUAUCUGUAUUCACUGAGCAGUGCCCAUUGAAGAUUUCAAAGGCUAUCCACAAAGCUCAUCUGAAUAUCCAUGAGAAUGGCACCGAAGCUGUUGCCACCACUUUCAUUGAAGCGGUCCCACAGAUGGAUCCCCCUGACCUUACAUUCAACAAGCCCUUCCUACUAUUGAUUGUAGAGCACUUAACCCGUGCCAUCUUAUUCAUGGGGAGAAUUGUGAAUCCUAAUGAACCCUAAUCACCCAGCUGGCAGACACAGGAGGCUGACUUAAUGUCCAAGUCCUGGCUUAAUGUAUGUGAAGAAUUUUUUCUACAGCAAAGUAAAAACACUGAUGUGAUAA